AUGACCACUUUCCCUUCACACCUCUCCGGCCCUGUGCCCCUUCCAUCCCUGGAGAUCCACUUGGACCUACUGGGCCAGGGGGGGCACUUUCUCCUGGAGAUCCUCCAGGUCCUGGAGGUCCAGUUGGACCUACUCGGCCAGGGGGGCCACUUUUUCCUCGAGAUCCUCCAGGUCCUGCAAUCCCUCGAGGUCCAGUUGGACCUACUCGGCCAGGUCGGCCACUCUCUCCUGGAGAUCCUGCAGAUCCUGCAAUCCCUUGAGGUCCAGUUGGACCUACUGGUCCAGGUGGACCUACUGGUCCAGGUGGAUCUACUGGUCCAGGGGAGCAACUUUGUCUUGGAGAUCCUCCAGGUCCUGCAAUCCCUGGAGAUCCAGGUUGACGUACUGGGUGAGGGGGGCAACUUUUUUCUCGAGAUCCUCCAGGUCCUGCAUUUCCACUUCGUCCCUUUUCUCCUGCUUCUCCUUUUAUAG